GCUUUCUCCUGGAAGCCCAGGGAGGAGAGAAUUGCAGUGAGUGUGCUCCGCAGAGGCAAGCCUUUGUUAGGAGUACGCUGCUGGCAGCAGAGCAUCCUGGACUUCCCUUGAAUGGGGCAACGUGCGGCCUCAGUGUGCUGCCUCCAAUAACAGGGAGUUUAAAAAGCUCUUACAGAAAUGUCCUCCAUUGCUCGCAGCCCUGGAGCAAGGAUGCAGAGAGCACAGGCUCAUGAAAGCUGUGGCUGACGUGAAACAGAGGGAAGGCACUCAAGUGACCCAGGGAGCUGUAAAGCACUUAACUUUGGUCAGUGACUCUCCUGCUGCUGCAUACUGAAACAGAGGGUUUUGGUGGUGGUUUCCUCCAAGGCAGAUCUGAAUAAAACCUUCUCUCCAGGAUGCUUGUGGGGCUAUGGGGUCCUCCUCCCAGCUGUUGUCCUGCAGCACCUCUCUACUCCCUCUUUGGGGUAACGUUUCCACCCCAGCAACCCAAAAAAUACCUGCUGAAUCACCUGCACAGCUCUGAUCCUUUGCACCCGAGUGCAAUUUAAUUUUGCUGCCAAGGUUGUGCUAAAAGCUGCCAUUGGUCACCUCCAAACUCUUUAGUUGUGGCUUUUUUUGCUGGUUGGGCCACCUGCCUUCCCAGGGCAGCCUGGAGCAGCAACUGCUUUCCACUGGGGCUGGAUGGGGAGCUCAGCCUGCAGCACAGCAUAGUGGGGCACCAGGAGAAAGCAGCAGCUCUCUUUGGGAAGCUUUGUGCCAGCUCUGCUGCGUGUCCCCAGCCUGCUUCCUGCCCAGACGGGCUCUGUUGUGUUGUUCCCUCGCUCCCAUCUGUCCUUCUUUUCCUUUCUUUCCUCUGUUCCAAUGCUGCUGGCUCCACCAGGGCACUCUGUGGUGUCUCAAAGCGCUCAGCAUUGGUGGCAGCCCUUUUCCUUACACCCUUGGGUGCACCGAGGCUGGCGCUGGGGUUUUUAGAGGCGCCUCCAAAGGCUGGGGCUGCGCCUUCUCCCCAGUGCGUUGCCUUCCCUUCACAAGUGUCUCUGGCUGUGGGCAGCUGCUGUGUGCUCCCAGUCAGAGCGUUUUUGGGUUUUCCUGGCACAAUGUUAGGAUUUGAGCACGUGUCUUUGGGUUCGGGGGACGUAAUGUUGGUAUGCGGGGGCGCAACACUGAGGUUUUGGGGCACAACUUGGAGUUUUUGGGAUGUGGCGUUGGCUUUACAUAUGGCUGCAUCCCUUUCUUUGCAGGAGCCAUCCCCCGUUGUUUCUAUAUGACUGCGUGACCAAAAGCAGAGUGGAUGGAUGACAGGGGGCAAGGCGGGAAUUGGGGUGAGGAGGGCAGGGGUGGUGAGCGUGCAGCCACGUGUGUGCAGUGGGGAGAGAGCUCGGCUUCUCAAAGGAAAGAAGGAAAAAAAAAAAAAGCAACGGGUUGCAGCUGCGUUUUCCAAAAAGCCCGAGCCUUUCUGCUCGCCGUCGCUUCCAAGAGACGGAGAAAACGGGGAGGUAAAUUGCAGUGAUUCAUCGCGGGCAGAUCGGAGGCAGGAAAUGGGAGUUCGCUGCCUGCCCCGUGCCCGCCGUGGGCUCGCGCUUGGCGGGGCCUGGCGUGCAGCGGGGGCCUGACAGCAGGGCAGAGCAUCCCUGCGGAGCAUCCCUGCGGAGCAUCCCUGCGUCGCGCCCGGCGGAGCCCCCAGGGAACGAAAGCGCCGGACUGAGGCCGAGAACCGGAGGAUUUCGCCUGCGUUUCUCUGGAGCUGCCCGUGAGCGGGGGAACGGGGCCCGCUGUGGUGGGCGAGCUCCUCUCGGGGAUUUGGGAACUUCUGCAUCGGGGUGAGGAUUUUGGGACCUCUGCAUUGCGGUAAGGAUUUAGGAAGCUGCUGCCAUGAAGAAGAAGAUGACAGCCAACGGGAGGGGGCCGGAUCCGGCACCACCACCCCCUCGUAGCCGGGGCAUCGCCAAGGCAGCAGAGUACGUGGGUUCCUUCAUGCUGGAGGAGCUGGAGCUGCAGCAGCACGCAGGGCAGCUGGAGGAGCAGCUGCGGGCGCUGCAGGAUUGCCCCAGGAGGAAGCCUGUGGUGCUCAGGUUCAGCUUGCAGGGACUGAAGGUCUACGGAGCUGACGGGGAGACGCUGCUGAUGGCGCACGCGCUGCGCCGCAUCCUGUACAGCACCUGCCUGCACGCCGAGCGCCAGUUCGCCUUCGUGGCCCGCAACCCUCGCAGCCCCCCCAGCUCACUGUUCUGCCACCUCUUUGUGGGCCCCCCGGGCGAGGUGCACGUGCUGCACCUGCUGCUGUGCCGCUCCUUCCAGCUCUGUUACCUGCAGGCGCACCCUGAGCUGCAGGCGGCUGAGCCCGACCCCCCCCCGCUGCUGCGGGAGCCCCUCAACCCCGAGGAGGUGUCGCGCAACGUCAACGCGCUGCUGUCCCUGCGGCGCCUGCCUGCCCUCGGACCUCUGGGUGCAGGGCACGUCUUUGCACAGCAUCUGCUCCAAGAGAGACGGGUGGAGGCCGAGGGCCGCGCUGUGGGUUGGCACCCAGGGAACCCGUACUGCUCCCCAGUGCUGGUGCGCAAAAAGGCGAUCCGCAGCAAAGUGCUGCGCUCGGGUGCCUACCGAGACUGCGGGGCUGAGAGUCAACUGCAGCACAGAGAGGGUGCCCCGUCGGGAUGGGAGAGCAGAAGCGCGCGGGGCCUGGCGCUGCUCCCUGACACCGAGGCCGCCCUCGCCGAGAGCGUGUGGGCCUUCGCCGGCAUCGCCAGGGCCGGCGGCGUGGCGCUGCUGCACGGAGACGCGCCGGGAGCCUUCCUGCUGCGCGCCGAGCCCGGCGGCGCCCCGCGCUGGUGCCUGUGGGUGCGCGCGCCCUGCGGAGUCGUGCCGUACUGCGUGCUGCGGACGCGGCAGGGCCGCUUCUGCGUGGAGCACUCCCACGCCGAAUUCCGCUCCAUGCCGGCGCUGCUCGCGCACUACUCGGCAGUACCCGGGGGCUGCUUCUGCCGCCUGAGCGUGGGGCGCCGCAACCCCGGCUACGAGCAGCGGGACGAAGACAGCCCGGCCCUGGUGCAGCACGAGCGCGGUUAGAGCCGACCGCAGCUCCGACCGCACGGAGCCCCACGGCCACACCGCGAAUAAACAGCUUUGCGCAACCGCGCUGCUCCGGACUCCUUCUUGCAUCCGUCCAGCUGCAGCCCCGCGCUCACGCGACCACACCGCGCACAGCCCCUCCCCCCCUUCCCCCCAGCGCUGCUCCACGCACGCGCACACCACGCCGCACGUUCGCCCGUCUUCCCGCGCGCGCCCUCUGCGGCACGUGACCCGCGGGGCGGGGCCUCAAGCGGCGGUCCUGCUGACCGGGCCUUGGCCUCGGCGGGCCUUGGGUAGCGGCGUCCGAAACCACGGGGGUUUAAGUAGAGAGGGGGGUGGGCUGUAGCGGUGCGGGGCUGAGCCGGGACGGAGAGCCGAGAGGUGCGGCCGGCAGGGCCGGCAGGGCUCUGCUUUUCCGGCAAGGGAACGAGGUUGAGGAGAAGGGUGACCUGCAGCGCUGCUGAGGGCGUCGGGCUGUUCGUGCGGCCCAGCGGGACGCCUUGGAGGAGGUGGGAAAUCUCUUCCUGCUGGAGAAGCGAAGCAGAAGCUGCGAGGGGAUGCGCGGUGCCUGCUGGUGUGUCAGCAGGUGAGCGGCUGGGAGGGGAAAAGCAGCCCAGAAAACCCCAACCAAACACAACCACUGAAAACCAACAGGUCAACCCAACCUCUGCUGUUAGCAGAAGCUACAAGGACAGAAUGGCCAGUGAUAGGUGUAAGAUGGAAGUCCCAGAUGCCUUCUGUUCCUGCCUUGGCUCUCUCCAAAACAGGAAUGAAUGGCAGUGAUGCCUGCUUGCUGCUGGCCUUGCACUCAGCUGGCAUCCUGCUUGAAUCCAUAUUCCUGAAGAUUUCCUGCCCUAUGGCAAAACCGUCCUGGCCUUCAGCACUGUCAGCUGCCCCUGCAGUUUUCACCACCCACCUGCAGGCCGUUCUGUGGUUGGUUUAUUUUAUUUUUCUCACUGGAACGCGUUUUUGAGAGCACACAGGUGUGUGAUAAUGUGGAAGAGAUCCUGUUGUAAUGUCAUGCGGUACCUACAAAGACAAUUUCUGCACCUUCUACAGCAUAAUGCUCCCUGAUCUGUAGGAAUUGAAGCAUUUAUGCUGGCAGCCCUUCUGGGAAAUGGAGGAGUAAUAUCCACACUGUUCUGUUCUUCUUUUCUCCCAAAAUUGCAGUUGUCAGAGAGCUGUGAUGGUAUUAUCAUUUCAGUUCAGUGCUUUAACCAAAGCACUGUUUUUAACCCUAAACACGUCAGGGGAGCAGCAGGCAGACGGAACACCCCAAAGAAGGAGUGCACUUGGGAGAGAGGAUGGGGACAGACUUUGGAUUCUCAGUGAAUUGCUGCCAUUUGUCUGUUUUUCACUUCUGGAAGUAACUUCUCCCAUCUCAGCUGCACUGCUGGUAAAACUGUGCUGUGUGACCAUCAGGGCAGAUUUGGUUCCAGCAGAGCUGCAGUGUCAGGUGUUGCAAAGUACCAUGAUGUCUGUACUCGGAGCAGGGUGCUGAUUUAACUGAGCGCAGCAUUUCAGUCACCUCAGUACUGGCUCUGUCAUAGAACCCUACAGAAAUACAGUCCUGCAUGCCUGAGAUAUUUAAGGCCUGGAAGCAAAUGUGUUCGGUAGUCAUACCCGAGCAUGAAAUGCCAUGGGAGGUGUGAGGAGGUGCAGCAGGGAGGUGGGUGCCCAGCUGGCACUCUGCGGGCUGCCUGCUUGCCUUCAUGCUGUGAACCUCCUCCUGAAUUCAUUCCUGUUUUGUACAGCGUGCUGAAACCAUCAGAUUCUUGGUGAGAGCUUCCUGCCUGGAGAUUUACAGUGAGGACAUAUGAGACCUUCUAGGAGCCGAUAUCAAGCACAUGUUGGAGCUGAAGCCAGGAAGGCCGGAGGAAAAAAUGCACUGAAAUCCCAACCAAGUGGCAGAAAUGACCCUACAAAAUGCCCCUCUUAGAGUCUUCGCAGAUCUUUUUGCAUGUAUUCCCGGGGGCACCUGCAAAUCUUCUGCCCCAGUUUGCUCCCCUGCAGGCCCACCUGCGAGGGAAAGCCGCAGCGGCAGCACAUGUGGGGCAUGGCAGCACUGCACUGGAAGGGACCUGCAGUGCCUGCAGCCUGGAGGCGGUGCUACAUGGGCUCCUGCCUUCAUGAAGCCAAAUCCUCUUGCAGGCAGCGCCCUGCUUUGCUUUCCGAGCGUGCUUACAUUGGGAGAGAGAAGGCAGAAAAGGGGCUCGGUGCUGAUUUAGACCACGCUUGCUGCAAAUCCCCAUUCUUUGUUUCCCAUCAGCAGUGACACAGGUUUCCAUGACGACUGCAGUUGGCACCAGGAGGGCAGGACUCGGGCACAGCGGUUUCCAGGGAAACACCAGCGCUGUGGGGACAGCCACCAGCCUCACUGCUUCCUCUAGCAAGGAGUCCAGCCGUGUCCUGUGGAGGCAGAAGGCCUGGGCUGACCCACAGCUUUCUUCUGAGUCCCAGAGCCUGCUAAUCUCCUCUGAAAUCCCGUGUCUUUGUUCCCUUGCCUUUUAACAUCAGUGAUUUUGUACAGUCUGAAGCCCCAAGACUCAGCUGCCAGCUGUGGAACGAAGUCCUUUGACAGAAGAGCAGGUAGUAGGAGCUCUGGUAGGAGCACGGCGUGGCCAGGCUGUAGACAGCCCUGGAAAGGCCUCUGUGGCACCCUGGAGUGCAGCUGUGCCAGUUCUCCUGUAGUGCAGUCAGAAGUCAUGGUGUGCAACCAACCUGGCUGUGGUUCUGAACUGGGUUAAUUCAGGGCAGGCACGGCUUUGCAGUGACAUAAACAAGGAUAACAUCCUGCUGAGUUCAGUUUUCAGAAGGAUUUGCUCCAUUUUGCCUUGAUUUUUUUUUUACAUCCCUUCCUGUAGCGUCACCAAAACAUCUCGAGGUGUUCGGAGCUCACACCCCCAAAGGCAGUAUCUGUGCUCUGAGCACCCAAAGGAGCUGUGGGUGUCCCUGAUUGCUGCUGGGAAGUUGGGCCAGGUGGCCUUUACAGGUCCCUUCCAACUCAAACCAUGCUAUGAUCUAUCGCAUCCCUGAUGAUCCCUGCUGGCACCAUCAGGUUUUGGUUAUGAGCUCAGCGGAUGUGGGGUGUAACACAGCUGGUGCAAAUGAAUUCCUCUCAUUUAAAAUUCCCAGCGUGGAUGGAUUUUCAGAAGGAGCUCAUGUGGGAGUGCACUGUUCUCAGUUAUUUUGUGUUUUUGGUUUUUUUUAAAUGUAGGUUUGAUGGACUGUUCGAUACUUUGAACACCUCAAUCAUUUCUCAGUGUGCUGCGUGUUUUCUUCUGCACGAUUUAGUGAUUCCUUUGAUGGUUUUGAAAAGAUGCCAUUAGUCAUUUAACACUGCCCAGGUGCCUGGAUGUGAUUUUAGAGCAUCGGAUAAAUGAACUCAUCUGGAGGAAAAAAAAUACGUAGUCUGCCUGUGUGCGAUGGUGUGAUUUGGGGAACUGCGUUGGUGCGAAUCAGGCGCCCUCUCAGAACGGAGGGGUUCAGUACAGCACCAGUAACAAUAUCUGAUUACUGAAUCGGUGCUUUGGUUUUAAAAAGCUCCCUAUGACUGAUGAUAUAUAUUAGAGACUUUGCCAUAAUAGGUGAAAAACAUUUCUGUUCAUCUUAAAAUAUGCUGCUUAAUAAUAGAGGAGGUAGAAGGCAGCUCAGUGCAGAGAAGUUGGGUUGCUUGUGUCCUGGGAGAUGGCUGAAGCCAUCAGCAAGUUCAUAACCUUCACUCUUUUUGGCUGUAAAGGUGGUUCCCUCUUUUUGUGUGGUCUGAAAGCUGGUGGGCAGCCCUCUGCACACCCUUCUGCAGCCUUGCUCCCCUCCUGUCCUGUGUUGUGCUGUCCCUGCUUGCAGCUGAAGGCACACCUGGAAAGGUGCUGUGCGUGGAGGGGCUUUCCCUGCAGCCUGCGCACAGCGUGGUGCAGAGUGAGCAGAUUGUGGAGGCAGACCAGAGGAACGCUGUGAUGAACAAGGGCUCUUCCUGCUCCAUCUUUACCAUCCAUAUAGAAGUCUGCACCAUAGGUAGGAGCUGGAUGUGCUGCAUCCAUGCAACCAGAGGGAUCCAACCAUUCAGCCCCCAGGCAGAAGUUGGAGCGUACGUGACUUUGGUCCAUAGAAAUCAGCACGGUGCCCUGACACUGGGAUGCUUUGUAGAGUGAGAUGGCUAUAUCUUUCCUCCUCAGUUCCCCUUCGGGCUGAAAUGUCUUGCACUCAAUCUGGAAACAUGUUUUGUUCUCCUUCUUUUAUCUUCUAAAGCCUUUAUUUCUAGCAAAGGCCGCUAGGACUCACAGCCAAUACACUGCCUUGGAGCUCAGACAUUGCAAAGCCUUGAGAAACUUGUAUCCUUCUCUCCCUCGUCUGACCUCUCUUACAAGGAUUCCUUCAUUUAGCUGAAUUAUGGGGCACGUCUUUUAAGCAAACCACUAAUCUGGGUUUAAAGAUAGAAUAAAAGAGUCCCUUAAUGAUGUUUUAGUGACUAAUUUUCCUUUCCCAAGUAUCUCAUUUCAGCUGUCAUUUCUUUAGCUGACAAAGCUGCCUACUGCAUCUGGACAAGGACCUUGAAAGGUUUCCUCAGGGACUAAGAAAGAAAUUAAUCUCCUGUAUUCUGUCUCAUCCUUGACCCCAGCUGGGCCCUGAACAGCUUGGUUGUGUUCUCUUCCACAGGUGUUUCAGCCAUCAGGAAAGUUGCAUAAUGUCUUUCUAAAUGGUAGUUCCAGCUGUUAAUGAGAGUAUCUCAUUUACAUCUGCCCAAAGUGAUGUGUGUUGGGUUCAUGGAAUGUCUCAAUUAGCACAGCUGGUGGAUGCUGAGCCCUGCAUUAUGUGGUUAUGUCAAGCCUCAACUUUAAGCCUGACAAGGAAAAUGAAGCGUUUACACUCCUGUUUUGUGUUGGGUGCAGGGCUCCUAAAUGAACAGGUAUUUAUGUUACCAUCUUUAGGCUUCUCAAAGAAGUGUGUGAGUAAGUUGCAACUUAUUUUCCAGUUGCACAUGUAGGAUGUUAUAAUUUGCAGGUGCUUAAUGUUUUAAAGAAGCUCCUCACAACUAUGUGAGCUUUAUUUCCAAACAAAAGUUCAGAAACAGGAUGAUGGUGAGCACGGGGAUCUGACUGCAGAUGUGCAAAACAGGCAAGGCACCAUCUGAUGUUUAGGGUGUUUAGAGUAGCAGCUAUUUUAUCCCUUUAUGUUGUGUUUAGGGAUUGAUUUGCUCAGCAGGAAGAUGUUUUAGAUCGAGCUGGUGCUUCUGCCACCAGGAGCAGCUGAUGGGCUGCGUGGGGACGAGACAGGCAACACCUGCAGGAAUUUCAGUGAGUCUGGGGACCUUGUUACAAGAUGGAAACCAAACCACAAAGCUCUGCAAUGGAAGCAAACAGCCUCCUUGGGUAAAAGGACGCUGACAAUGACCAAAGUGACUUAUUUGUUGUCUACAUAAGCUGGGACAGGGAAGGAAAGAAUUAGAAAACCUAUGUUUUAUAACAGUCCCUUAACCCCAGCAAUCAGAAAGAAUGGUGAGAGGGUGCUCUGUUUAAGCUCUAUUGUUGUUUGUUUGUUUUUUCUUCUUUCUUUUUUCCCUUCCAUGUCCAGACAUGUCAGAGCGUGUGCUGUGAGGCAGUGCUUGCUGCAAAUGCUAAGCUCUGCAGUUAAUAACCCACUGCUGUAAGUGAAAUACCCCAGGGCAGUGGGUUUCCUUUGUUUCUCAUGCCUUUAUUUCUCAUUACAAACCUUUCCCCCGUGCAUCAGAUUAUUCAUUGUUUAGGUAUCCUCCACAUCCACAUCCAUAAGGUUUAAUUCCUGAUUAAAUUCAAGGUGAGGUUUUGUAGAAGUUUGCCUAGAAGUGAGCAGACAUGGGUCAAACUGUUCCCUGGUGCAAAUUGGAGCUCGGAGCGCCGAAGGAGGAAUUCCCUUGAACUCGGGAUGCAAUCAUGAGGGAUGAUUGGGGCACAGGGAUCUGAGUGCUGUGGACAAUAUGCCUGAUUUGACGAAAGAUGGGUAUGAAGCUGAGUGUGGUAAGGAGCUGGUGAAAUUGAAGGGUUCCUAAAGUGUCUGCCUUACUAACAGGAGACUUGUGGCAUCACGUUAGUUCAAGGAACUAAUUUGGAUUUAGUGUUGAGGUUUAGUGAGAACUACUGGUGAUGGGUGGAUGGUUGGACUGGAUGAUCCUGUAGGUCUUUUCCAACCUUGGUGUUUCUGUGAUUCUGUGAUUAAGUGCCUGUUCUGGUUCCUGACCAUUGAGAUGCUGCUUCCUGAGUAGCGCCUAACUUGGAAUGAUUUUCUUGCAGAUGAGAGAGGGCAGGACCACCUUAGGGCCGCAAAUCUUAAUGUAGUGAACCAGGCAGGAAGCAGGAGACAGUCAGAAACUGGAACUACAGGAGAGCAGAGCAAAGAGGCCACUAAAAUCAGCCCUUCCCUCCCUCUGUGCUCUCAGUCCUGGUUGAUGGCAGGUGCAGACACAUCCCCACCACAACUCAAAGCUGACCAGGCUGCUGCAUGGCUCCCUGGGAGGGAAUAUGAGGCCCUGAUGGUAGCGUGCUUAUCUCCAGCUGACAACAGCUAUGAUGAACGCCUCAGUCCUGUGCUAUGCAAAUCGAGUGAAAAACAUCAAGAACAAGUCCUGUAUCAGGGAUGCUCUGCUGAGGGAUAUCAGGAGGAGAUUAAGAAGCUGAAGGCCAUUCUAGCUGAAGAAAUGAAUGUGAAUAAUUUGUCAGGGCUUCCACCUGCCGAGGCUGUUCACUGGGAAGGGAAGCCAGCUCUCCUCCUGAUGUUGAAGCAGAGAAGCAGCUGAUCAGAGAACUGCUGUGAAUUCUGAGACUAAUCCUACUGAGACACCUUUGCCUGAAGACUCCUGCUGCAGCAGAUGAAGAACUGACAUCAGUCAAGGUUCCCUGCAGUCCACUUCUCCCUCCCAGGCUGAAGAGACCCAGGUGGGCAGUGUCACUCUUCGACUCUUCCAGGAUUCACCCUGCAUCUUUUCAGAGAUGCAGCCUUUUGUUUCUUCUUGUCCUCAGGACUCAGCAGUGCCUCAAGCUGUGCGAGGUGCUGGCGAUGGGAACGCCGGAGUGGAGGAGCUGUCAUACCAGAAGGGACUUCAGCCCCUGUGGAGCAGCAGCAGGUGCUUGCCAGCUCAGUGGCUGCUUCUGAUAACUGCCUCCUGUUGCACACAGGCAACAAGCAAUCACAGAAUCACAGAAUUGUAGGGGUUGGAACGGUCCUCCAGAGAUCAUCGAGUCCAACCCCCCUGCCAAAGCAGGUUCCCUACUUUUGUCUUUCCAUCCUGCUGGACCCUGCCAGCAGUCACUGCUGGCUGCCCUGAAUCCUGCUUGCACAGCAGCAUGACUGCUCAACUUCAGCUAUGUGUUCUGUGCAGUGCAAAAUCAAGCAGAUGCACAUUCUUUAUCCCCAAAUUAACUGUGUCCAUUUGGAGCAGACAAAUAGCUGCUAGGUGCAGUACUCUGAUGCCUAAUGCCAUAAUGAUGAACUCUCAUUGAGAGUUCUCCUGAGAGACUCUCCAUUGUCACUGAGAUCACUAUCACUUCUGCCUUUAACUCAUGCAUCUGAGAGUACCUGCAAGACUUCAGCCAGAGCUGGCAUUAAAAUUGCCUGGGAACAAAAUGUUAUUGGCAGCAUUAGACCCGGGGCCUGAAUCUCAUGGCUGGGGUGUGAGGGGUGCAGGGUCACAUCUCCAUGUCGCUGAUCUCUGUCAGCUCCCAUGACACACACUCACUGUGAUGGGCCUCUCCCACUGCAAAAGGAGCUAUUAACAAAUCUAGGAUAGCACUGUCUGUAAUUUGUGAGGAGUUGUGUCUGUUGAUGGAGAUGGCUCCAAAGAAACCAUUUGUUUUGACGGUAUAUCAAAUUUUAAUAGUCUUAGUGCCUGAAGUUUUUCUUCCUGUGAUAAGGGAGGAAAAAUGCCAACUGCAUUGUAAAAAUCAGAGUUGGCUGCAGAUUAGGCAGGAGGGUUUGAUUCCACAGGUGUGGAAUUUUCAAAGUCACCUUUUAAAUGCUUUAUACCAGAGGGUGGCUGAGAGUCAGCAGAGCAGGAUUCAGUCCUGCAUUAAGCAAACAAAACUGAAAGCUUUGGCAACUGCAGGGAAGUAGAAUAGCAGGUCAUCUUUGGUGGAGAAUGAGCUCUUUCUGAUGGGUUUGAAGAUCAUUAAGAGGCUAUUAUCAGUAGAGGCUUUAUCAGCAGUAGGAUUUUCUCCAAUCUGAGUCGGUGCUGGUGAGCCUGACCUGUUUGCCUUGAUACAGAUGUCAGUGCAGACAAAGAGAGCAGCUAGCAGCUCAGGAGCUCAGUGUGCCUUGUCUGAAGAGGCACCAGCUGCACCAGGAAGGGGUGCCUGGAGUUGUUUGCCACACCAGUGCAGUGGCACAAGGGGCGAGCAGCCUGGGAUCUGAAUUCACACCAGAGAUUAGCAGAAUGCCUGCACUCAGCACUCUGUUGAAUAUUUAUCUCCCUUCCAGGAGUUUUACUGCUGGUGUAAGAUUGCCAGGACUAAAUCACUUUUGCCCUUAAGAAGUCAGGCUGGUGCACACCCAGACUGGCAUAAAGGGAACACUGCUACGUUUGUCGAAGAGUUUGCUGUGUUCCAUUGUGCCUCAGGCUACCUACAAACCCCUUGCCUGCUUGGAUAGUCACAGUGCUGUGAGAACAGCAGUCCUGGCUCCUGCAGGGCUUGCUUCACACCCAUGUCAGUGUGUGGGGCUGUGCAGUGUGAGUGUGAGAUGAGCUUGGUUUAAAACAUGGGCCUGUGCCUGCACACAGGUGGCUAUGCUGAGGUAGCCCACAUCAUUUAAUCCAUCUGAUAGUACUGCUCCAAAGAAGAAACUAUAUUAUCACUUACAGCCUUACCACUGCAACAUCUGCCAUUUGAAAUAUAUUUGCAUCAUUUCAGCACCUCCUGUGCUUGCUCUGAGAACCUUUCCAAACGAGAAAUAAUAAUUGAAAUAUAAAUUCCACAUUGGAAUUUAUAUAUUGGAGUUUAUUAAAAACAUUGGUUUUUUUUUUUAAAUAAAAAAGCAAUUCUGUGCAUAUAGACACACUCUCAGUUGCACUUGUUAUUCUGAUCACCUUUGUCGUCAUGUUUCUGACAUGUAUACUCACACAGAGUUCAUAUAUAGCAAACUGUUCUGACACGUGGAAUUUGCCAGGAUUACUCGGGACAGCAAAUCUCCCAAGGAGUCGCUAUUUCUGUAUGGUGUUGUCUCAAGCAUCGUUCAGGUACAGAAGUUCAUCCUUCACAGCUACACAAAUGCUUCCUUGUAAUGCUCAGCAAACAGAAGCACCAGAACAAGUGGUAAGGGGGGAAGAGGCUGAAAACAAGGACCUCAAGGAGAAGCGUAACAUUGGAAAAAGUUUGCAGAUGAGCAGAGGAUGCGGCUAUGCUGCAGAAAUUCGAUGAUGACAGCAGUGAUUUGGUUCUUCUUAACGUCCAGGAGGAGGUUUGAGCCAAGAGCAAACUUCUGCAGAAGAUGCAGAAGAAGGUGAGCCUGCAAAAACAGUUCCCUGUUUCCAAUUCGGGGAGCAUUCACUAGGAUUAUUCUCAGGAUGGCUUUUUCACUCCUUAGUUCCACACUUCCUCAACCAUUUUCCCUUCUCUGCUUAUCCGUUUUUUAAUGCUAACGAGAUACCUUAGGGUAGUAUAUUUACAGAAUGAUGGCACCUGUGUCUAACAUGCCAUGUGUGCAUGCGUUAGUACCUACGAUGUUGAUUAGACCCAGAGAAUUUCUGGAGUGGGAAGGGACCCACAGGGACCCACAGGGAUCACCGAGUCCAGCUCCACUGCACGCAUUUUUAGGAACUGCUGGACAAACUUGCUCCACGACUCCAGCGUUCUCAAACUCCCCCUC